AUGGCAUCGGCACGCACACUCUCACGCAGCCUGUUGCGCGCACGCGCAUUCUCCUCCUCCGCCCCCACGUCCUCGUCGUCGUCAUGGACGCCCGUUCUGAAGCCCGGCACGCUCCCCGCGUACGAUGAGGCGCUUGCCUUGCUCUCUUCGCACGCCGACUCGGUCCGCUCCAAAGCCGAAUCCCUCGACAGCACGCACGCCAGCCUCUCCGCCGAGGACAGAGCCGCGCUGAAGGAGUCGCUCGAGGUGGCGGCGCGCAUCAACGACCCUGCGACACUGGCGCGCUUUGCGGCGUCGCAGCCGACGAGGUACGAUGCGGCGGAUCCGGUUCUGCGCUACCUGCGCGAGCGCGUGUGGCGCAACGACUCGGGCGUCCUCGCCAAGCUCAUGCAGCGCUGUACGCUCAUGCAUGUUUUCCCGGACGUCCUUCCCGGCAUCACACCCACCGCGGACGUGCAGGUUGCCUUUGGCACGGGCGCUGGAUUCACCGACCACACUGCCGAGGGUGGCGAUGUGCUCGCCGGAGUUUUCGUGCCCGUACAAAAGACGGUCGAGCCCCCAACGGUGGCGGUGAACGUAUUCCAUACCGACAAGAGGCUGUAUACCGUAGCACUCGUGGAUCCGGACCAGCCGAACGAGGAGAACCAGAGCUACACCACACGUCUGCUGGCGCUCAAGACCAACGUCGAGCUGUCGGCGGCAGAGUGCAGUGUGGAUAUGACGAGCGAUAUGGUGGCCGAGUACAUCCCACCGCAUCCGCAGCAGGGAACCAAGUACCACCGCUACACCACCGUGCUCCUCGCACAAUCCGACCGCAUCACCGUCCAAGCGCAGAGGGACGCAUUCGACCUACCGGCUUUCGCGCACGCCAAUCGGCUCACCCCAGCAGGCAUCCACUUCUGGCGCGCAAAGUGGUCCGAGGCAGACGCCGAGACCGUCUCGAUGAUCCACCGCGAUAUCCUGAAACAAGACGAACCGCGAUACACACGUCCACCCACGCUCGACAAGGUGCGCAAGCAGAUCGGCGACAUUGGCUCAAAGUGGUUCUAA